AUGAAACAGAGAGGGUGGAUCAUAAAUGCCACAGCAAUUAAUACUAGUAAAUUCAUAACGCGUCGAAGUAAUGGAACAUUAAGUUUACUGGUUUGAUACCUGCUUGAAAGGCGCGGGCUAAUUGUUGGCUGAUCCUUUUAACUAGCAGCCAUCUUGUUAAAUCGCGCUUAGCUACUAGCUAGCAAGGUAACAUGUUCGUGUAUUAAGUCAUUAAUGUGUUAUUUAUUGUUAUUUUCACUCUCCCGCACGUAUCAAGGCUAAACCAGGAUCUACAACUCAACAAAUCAUGUCCAAAUUGCUGAAUUUGAAGGUUGUGGACCCAUCAUGCCUCUGGGCUCAGCUGGUGGGAGGCGGUGGUGGCAGCGUGGUAGCUGUUAGCAAAGAGCAGUACGAAGAGCUGUUUGCUCAGAUGAAUCUCUUCUACAGUGACGUCACCAGGGGCGUGUGUACAGUGACGCCCUCCACCUUGAGGGUGGGACAGGUCUGCGUGGUGUACUGGUCCCAGAUGAAGAUGUGGUGUCGGGCCCUGCUGGAGGCCAUCAUCUCGGACUCAGUGACUUGUCAUGCUCGUUGUUACCUGGUAGACCACGGAGAGCUGCUUGUUGUCGCCUUCAGGCAGAUUCGGUUGGCCGAAGAGAACUUCCUCCAGCUACCUUUCUGGAUGAGAAGAUUCCACCUGGCCAGGAUCAAGCCAACAACGCUGCAUGUGUCCUUCUGUGAGAAGGCAAAGCUGGUCACGGCCAGUAGGUGGGACAGCUCGGCGACGUUCUACGUGUGCAACCUGAUCAAAGCAUCCAGUCAGACGGAGGCCAUGUUGCUGGAGUACGAGUCCGAUUCGACCGCCAUCGAGCUCUACGUGACCAUCAAGGACGUCAAGAUUUGUGUGAAUGAUGAACUCGUGGCCAGGAAGUUUGCUGUUUACAACCAUGAGUCAGCUGACAGCAGUAAGCUGGACCUACAGUCUUUCAGGUUUUCAGGUGGCAUCUUAACUACGCCAGCCUGCAAGCUUGCGAUCAAGCCCCCAGCACAGUCCCCACUUCCUCCAGCUAAUUACACAAAUGUGGAAAGUCCAUCUCCUCCUGCUUCUUACAUUGAUGUGAAAAUUGCACCUCCUCAAGCUGUUACCACCAAUGAGUCUCAGAGCCAAGAGUGUGAGCUUAAGACCUCAGAGGAAAUCAGUGGACAGUUCCUUUACAGCCAAUCAGACAGUGAUUCGACAGAGGGUUUGGAUGCCUCUCUGGCUUCUGCUCUCAACAAAAACCUCAGUCUGUUCAGGUUCAUGAAGUUCCUCAAUCCUGGCACCAACUUCAAAGAGGCGGAGUCAAAAUUGAGUCACAAUCAGGACGUGACACCUGAAGAUUCUAGCAGCUCCACCAAGAGCUGCAUGGGAGAGGAAGUCGAGCCACUUCCAGACCAGUCAGGUGUGAUGAAGACCAGCAACAACUGGGCAUGCUCGAGACUUUUGGAGUGGUUGAAUCCACAGCCUUUCAAGCUCCAUUCAGACGAUGACCAGGUGGGUCAUGGCUGUCCUCAGAUACUUUCUCAUGCUCCCAAGAGAAGUGACAUUCUGGUACACUCAGGCCUGCCAGUGGAGCCAUGUACAGGCCUGGAUGACGCCCCCAUCACUGACAGCCUGCGCAAGUUGUUGCGGACGAAGCAGUUUUGCCUGUUUCCUGCUGACCUUAUCAGCUGGCCUGCUGUGGCUCAAGGAAACAACACAGUCAUCAUCUCCCACGCUGGCGACCGGCCUAGAAGUUACCUGGCCCCCCUCCUCACUCACGUGCUGCUCAGCAGCACCACCUUGACCACCUCGUCCUCCAGAACAGGACCAGUAGCAGUUCUCCUGUGUCCUGGAUGGGAGAAAGUCCAGUUGGUGUGCGACUUAAUAGAGGAGUGCAAGGUUUCCCAGAGUCUCAAUCCAACCAGCAUACUGCUGGGCACAGGCAAAAACGAAGCUAAAGACGUCAAAAUUCCAAAAAACUGCCUGCUGUUAGUGACCACUCCUUUCAGCCUUGUCCGUCUGCUGUUAUGUCAUUGCUUCCUUUUCCUGCGUAUAGGCCACUUGGUGUUGGAUGAGGCAGACAGGCUUUUCACUCUCGCUCCAGAACAGAUGGAGACCAUUUUGCAGCAUUUUCAGAUGGUGAAGUCGCGCCAGGAAAUGGCCUUGCGUCCGCAGCAGCUUGUUGCUGUGGCGAAGCGUUGGACGAGUCACAUGGAGGGUAUGUUGGCAAACUACAUGCCCUACCCCUGCAUCACCAUAACCACUCCCGAAGAAGCAGCACUCUACGGAAAUGUGCAGCAGGCUGUCCUCAUGACCUUGGAGAGCAACAAGGUCUCAGUACUGUUGGGUGCGUUAGAUUUUAGCCCUGACAUUGGUCAGAAGACUCUCAUCAUCACCAACUCCGCUGAGGAAGUUGAAGAUGUUUUUAAGGCUGUGUGCAGUAAAUCGGCAUUCUGUCUAAAGUCUCACGAGGGUUUAGCGCACAAAUUUGACUUUGUGGUCCAACAGUGGAGCAAAAACAUCGGGCCCGGCACUCAUGUCAUUCUAGUCUCUACCAGUGACUGUUUAAGGUGUUUGGGGGUCACAGAUGCCACUUGUGUCGUCCACUUUGACUUCCCAAGUUCACCUAAACUGUUUGGAUGCCGACUGCUCUGUAUGAGAAGCAACUUCAGAAACCUCACAGAACCAGACUCAACAGUGACAGGCUCCAAAGUCAUCAGGUCCUUGCUGAUGGUAUCUGAGAGGAACGCCCGCCAUGUUGGCGCUCUUGUACGCUUUCUCAGACGAACGAAUGCUCUUUUGCCCCCUGAGCUGCUAUCCUUUGCCAAGAGUGCAGAUGUGGCACGGGAGGAGCAGAAGACAGAGCAGCCACUCUGUCACUUCUUGAAAACCUUUGGAGUGUGCAGGGCCAGCACUGUGUGUCCAGACCGCCACAGGCUUCUUCCUCAGCUGGAUAAGUCUGAUCUUCCUGCUUCUGGUGUCAUAGAGGUGUUGCCUCUCUACGUCAAGACAGCGUCAGUCUUUUAUGGACGUAUGAUCAGGAAAGAAGAUGGUGCCUUUGAUAGCAUGGCGGUUGACAUGGCCUCUUACUAUGCUGACAAGGAACCUUGUCCUCAGGAAGUGCUGGAAGGAGGCUUGUAUGCGGUGCAGGAGAAUGACCUUUACCACAGGGUGAAGGUCCUAGCUGUCCCAGACACGAAUGGCCGGCUGUUUUAUAGAGUCCUUGUUCGAUUUAUUGAUGUUGGUAAAGAGGAAGAAGUUAAAUCCCACCAGAUCCUACAGCUACCAGAGAAGUUCCACUCCCUCCCCAGCCAGGCAGUGGAGAUGAUUGUCUGCCAGGUGAAGCCGGGCGACGCAGAGACCGACUGGCAUCCCAAGGUGACCAGAGCCAUCAGCCAGAAGAUCCAAGGUGUCCAGCACCGGGCCAGAGCCGUCUUCAGUGUGGGAAACACUGUCUUUGUUGAUCUUAUGGUUCGCGAGACUCGCGUACCCGGAAUGAAAACAGUGAUCACUGAGUACAAUGUUCCUACACUGAUUUUGAACACGGGCAUGGGAGAACGAAACACAGAUCAUCUAAACCUUUUGAAGGAGCUGUGUCAGGAAAUAGGUACCCCCUGCAGCAGUGAGGCUCACACGUCCUGGAACAAAGCUGUGGAGACAGUUGUCAUGGUCAAAAACCUUGAUUGUGCAGCAUCACCAGAGCCCCCUGAGUCCAUCCCGCAGCCUUCAGUUUGUGAUAUUCGCGAUGUAGACAAGAAGACGGACAUCCACACUUCUGAUCUGAAGUUUGGAACAGAGAGUGGACUUGACUCCAGUACACACCAAGCGCCUCAUCUUAACCACUACAGAGAUGGUGUUCCUUCUUGUGAUGACCAAAACAAUCAGCAGAUCGUCAGUUGUCAUGGAGAUGAUAACCAUUCUACAAAAAAUCUCCACCCUCAGAUUCUGUGGUACCAGACGUCUGACUCUGUAACCGUGACGCUGAAGCUGAGGAACCCGCAGAGUCAGCGCUGUGAUUUCCAUGCUGACUGUGUCAUGUACAGUGGCAGUGUGAACGGUUGCAGCUACAGAGCCUAUCUGGACCUCCACGCCAACGUGACGGCUGAGCGUUGCUGCUGGGAGCUCAAGUCCAACGAACCCGUCCUCAAACUGGUCAAACAAGACAAGGGCUACUGGCCAAAACUGCUCAAGAGCAAGAACAUUUUUGUGAGUUACGACAUGGAGCACUUGGAGGAGGAAAACGAUGAGACACCACAUAAUGAUUUCUUUGUGGGGGAAACAGGAGAAGACGUCUACUCUGUCAGCUUAGACAGCAGCACUGACUCUGACUGAAUCUGUGCUCUGCCACACGUCAUUGGUCAUCAUAGAAUACUCCUAAUGGACUUACACACUGAAACACAUGUGACACACUCAUGACAUACAUUUGUUGAUACAGUGGGGGAAAUAAUUAUUUGAUCCUCCACAUUAUUUGAAGUCUUAGCUCCUUUCAAAGACAUGACAGUCAAUUUUUUAUGGUAGGUUUAUUAAAAUUAAUAGAUACAGUAGGGAAAAUAAGUAGUUGAUUCCCUGCUGAUUUUUUUUUGUUUACCUCCUCGCUAAGACUCAGGAAUCAAGAUGCUUCACAGAUGCUCAAAAGGGUUUAGGUCUGGACACAUCAGUCUUUCUCAUACAUUCAUUUAUUUGUGGUGACCCUCUAUAAAUACAUUUGGAUCGCCACAAAUAAGUCUGGCACUACCCGUUUGCCUUUGCUCAUGAACACAAAACGCACCUGGUCUGCCAGAGAAUAAGAAGAGGGUGCAGGAGGGCAAACUUAUCUUUGUUGCUAUAUUUCAUAAGUAAUCACACCCCUCUAGAUAUUCUUUCUCUAAAAAGCGACUGGCUAAGUCACAGGCGGUUCCAUCUUUCCUGUUUGUGACAUUAACAAAAACAACAAAAACACCUGACAUUCACGAGUAGGCCUGUCACGAUAACAAAUUUUGCAAAACGAUAAUUGUCCUACAAAUUAUUGCAGAUGAACUACAUUAUUGUCAACAUUAUUUUGAGACAAUUUUUCAUUAAUGUGAUAAUAUAUGGCAUAAUAUGAGUACACCGUAUCAAAAACAAACUUUCAUUUCUCAAGUAAUUAACGUGGUCAUUGGAAUGUCAAGCGCUUUUAAAUAAAAUACACUAGGUUCCCAACUUACGAACAUCCGACUAGCGAACAUUCGCGGAUACGAACACAAGCCGACUGGUCUAUAUUUUAUUUUAUUUUGACUUGUAGUCGCUCAAUCAGUAUUUAUACUGCUACUGUACAUGCUUGACCAGUAGAGGGCACUGUGACACUGCUAAUGGGACCAACAGAGGAAGAGUUAGACGCUGGGGAGAUAAAGCUAAAUGGAAAGCUAAAUUGUUCAACCCGGACAGAGCGUGUGAUUAAAGUUUAUGAAGAGUUAAUAGGCCUGCUUAAUUCUACACCACCCACAGAACACUACCUCUUUUAGAAGAGUCUAACGACGACGACGAUUUGUCCUUUUUUUCAAUAACUCCUCCAACUCCACCACAACUACGUAUGCUCGACCACUCCUCUUCAAAGGUAAAUAACAUUUAUCAUUAUGUAUUAUUAUAUAAUUUUUAUUCUUGUUUUUUCAUUAAUUAUCCUUGUUUAAUAUUACUACUGCAUCCAAACUCAUAUUUACCUACAUAUGCAUAUAUGUAUAUACGUACAUGUAGUACCUAUAUAAUUGGUAAUAUUACCUUUUCCCCUACUUAAGAACAAUUCGACAUAAGAACGGUCGUCUGGAACCAAUUGUGUUCGUAAGUUGGGGACCUAGUGUACAUUUAAACAAAAACGACAGAAAAUCCCAAAUAAAAAUGGAUUCUGUCUCUUUUAGCAAAAAUUGCACUAAAAUAAAAAUCACAAUAUUUCAAAUUUUGAAUCGGUGUCACUUUCGUCAUUGCCUGAAUAUUGACCAAAAAAUGGAGAAAUAACCAGUAAAUACUAAAUAAGUUCACAUUGUGUGUCAAAGCAGACAUCAGCUCAUUUUCAUAUAUACAGAGGUAUAAAAAAGUGCUUGACCCCUUCCUAAUUUGUUAUUUUUUUGUGUGUUUGUCACACUUAAAUGUUUCAGAUCAUCAAACAAAUUAAAAUAUUAGUCAGUGACAACACAACUGAACACAAAAUUGAGUUUUUAAAUGACACUUUUUUAUUAUUAAGGGAGAAAAAAAUCCAACUCUACAUACCCUGUGUGAAAAAGCGAUUGCCCCCUAAACCUAAUAACUGCUUGGGCCACCCUAAGCAGCAACAACUGCAAUCAAGUGAUUGCGAUAACUUGUAGUGAGUCUCUUACAGCGCUGUAGAGGAAUUUUGGCCCACUCAUCUUUGCAGAAUUGUUGUAAUUCAGCCACAUUGGAGGGUUUUCAAGCAUGAACUGCCUUUUUGAGGUCAUGCCACAGCAUCUCAAUGGGAUUCAGGUCAGGACUUUGACUAGGCCACUCCAAAGUCUUAAUUUUGUUUUUCUUCAGCCAUUCAGAGGUGGACUUGCUGGUGUGUUUUGGAUCAUUGUCCUGCUGCAGAACCCAAGUUGGUUUCAGCAGAAAUUAUUGCCCCGACCAGUAUUUUCCCCACGUCUUGGGGAUCAUCAAGAUGUUUUCAGGCAAAAUUGAGACGAGCCUUAAUGUUAUUUUUGUUCAGCAGUGAUUUUUGUCUUGGAAGUCUGCCAUGCAGGCUGUUUUUACCCAUUGUCUGUCUUAUGGUGGAGUCAUGAACACUGACCUUAACUGAGACAAGUGAGGUGUGCAGUUCUUUGGAUGUUGUUGUGGGGUCUUUUGUGGCUCUUGGAUGAGUUGUCUCUGCGCUUUGGGGGUAAUUUUGAUUGGCCGGCCACUCCUGGGAAGGUUCACCAUUGUUCCAUGUUAUUGCCAUUUGUGGAUAAUGCCUCUCACUGUGGUUUGCUGGAGUCCCAAAGCUUUAGAAAUGGCUUUGUAACCUUUGUCAGAUGGAUAGACGUAAAUUACUUUUUCUCAUUUGUUCCUGAAUUUCUUUAGAUCUCGGCAUGAUGUCUAGCUUUUGAGGAUCUUUUGGUCUACUUCACUUUGUCAGACAGGUCCUAUUUAAGUGAUUUCUUGAGAACAGGUGUGGCAGUAAUCAGGCUUGGAUGUGGCUAGAGAAAUUGAACUCAGGUGUGUUAUGUUUUAACGGGGGGAAUUACUUUUAAAUAGGGCCAUGUAGAAUUGGAUUUUUUUUCUCUCUUAAUAAAAAGUUUCAUUUAAAAACUGCAUUUUGUGUUCAGUUGUGUCAUUUAAGUGGGACAAACAUUCAAAAAAAUAGGUGUGCCCUGAGUAUUACAUCAUUUUCACUCAGUUAUCCAUUCCCAUCUGGAUGCAACUAUUUACUAAUCCGGUACAGUGUGGAUGCGACUUUUUUUACAACAUGCCAAAAAAAAAAAAAAACGUUCCGUCUGGACAGGGCCUAAGAUAGUUACCCAAGUGCCUCUUGCAGCCAUGGCUGUCGUCCUUACUUACUUACGUGCUUAUUUCACACGCAACUUGCGCCAAGUCAGCGGCCAUCCUAAAACGCUUGGUUACAUUAAAGCGAUAGUUUGGAUUUUUUGACAUGAAGUUGUAUCACAUCCCCAUUAGCAGUGUAGUCCAUCAACAGUGACUUACCCCCCACUUGGUCCCGUGAUCCCAGUUCUGGUCAGAUUUGGGUGAUGAGAAACGUAGUUCCGGGUAGUUAUACUUAAGUAAAGAAUUUGGUUUCUUAAAAUGAUAUGUGUUCAAAAGAGUAAUACAUUUGCGUGACAAAAAUGCCUCCUUGAAAAAAAAAUCGGACCUCACAAAUCGCUCGGCUUUACUUUCUCUGAUGUCGUGUUAGUGCAUUUAGCUGCUGUCCAUUGUUGUGUAUGUGAUUAAGAUGGCUGCAACACUCGCAUCUUCGUCCGCUGUGAACACAUACGUAAAAAAGAUGGCUGACACGCUCGCAGCGGAUAUAUCUUCAUCACAUACAGUAAUGGUCCACAACCUUUUUGGACCCACGGCCCGGCUCGUGUUCACGCAAAUCUCCGCGGACCGGGGUGGUGGUGGUGGUGGGGGUCGUAUAGCGACGUAAUUUAUCUCAUUUAGUAUGUAUUGUGUAAAACUAAGACAGGAACAACAUCAAAUUAAAAGCACAAAGUGAAUACAGACCCUCCAUCCACCACUAAGCUUGGAGUUUGUUUUUCAGAGAGAAUAUUAUAGCGCCGCUGCUUGAUGUGUGUGGUAACAGGCAGUGUGCUAGCAUGAAUUAACUUGAAGCUGUGCACAGAACAGAUAUACACAUUAGCACUCGAUAACGUCAUCAUACUUUACCUUUAUGCAUUCCAACAGAGUAUCAGCAUUUGGGAGCAAAUAUGAAGUGAAAAAAAACAAUAAAUUACAGUGUAGUUGACCAUCUGUGCAGAGUGGGAGAAGGCUAGCGCACGUACAAUGGUGCGUUUGAGGACCGUCAAACAAAGUGGGACACUCGCAACAAACAACAUAAACAUGAAAAAACUUCGAACUAUAUUAUUUUUUAUAUUUCCAAAAUUGCUAUACAUUUACUUAAAAUUGUAUUUAGUUAUUUACAAAUGUAUUUUUUUGUGUGUGUGUGUAUCUUUUUUAUCAUUGCACCUGAAAGGUUUCCUCUGCCCAGUUCGGCCCCGCCCACGGACCGGUACUGGGCCCCAGCCCGGUGGUUGGUGACCCCUGACAGUACAUACAGUACAUAUCAAUGGACAGCAGAUAGCGUGCAUUAAUAUGACGUCAGAGAAAGUAAAGUCGAGCGAUUUGUGAGGUCUGAUUUUUUUUUCCGAGGAGGCAUCAUUACCCUUACAUCCUUACAACCAUCCUUAGCCCACCAGGUGAAAUCUUGCAUGGAGCUCUAGAGCGAGGCUGAUGGAUUGUUGUUUUCUACCAUUUAUGAAUUACUGCACUAAUAGUGGUCUCAUUCUCACCAAGCUUCCUGCUGGUGGUCUUGUAGCCCAUUCUAGUCUUGUGCAGGUCUACACUCUUGUCCCAGAGGUCCUUUGACAGGUCUUUGGUCUUGCCCAUGAUGGUGGAAAGGUUUAAAUGGAAGAGUGUGUUUCCGUAAGAGGUGUCUGGUAUUUAUCCACUUUACAAGUUGACAUUCGGAGUACUUUCCUAUAUAGACAGGAUUAAUUUGUGUGUUUCAUGGACAUAUAAUCGGUCUGUGGUGUUCAAAAUGCUUGCUGGAUGAUGAUCAAUUACUUAUUUCCCUCACUCUAAUAAGUUUGAACAUUUGUAAGGGGGUAAACAAAAUCAAAAUCAAAAUCAGCAAGGGGUGAAAUAUUUAUUUUCCCACUGUAUGUGCAGUAUCAUCUGUGGAAGGCGCUGAAAUGUCAAGUUGCCAAGAAACAGCCUCGAAACCUUCAGUAUUUGGAGAGUAUCUGUAGAUACGAGUGGACCCUGGUGACCAACUACAUGAAACGUCUGACCUCUGUGCUUGCCAAAAAGGGUUUCUCCACUAAGUCACGUUUUGUAUUGUGGAUCAGACACUUUUACUCAAAUACAAAUUACUUUAUAAUCUUUUAUUUAAUUGGUUCUUUACGUUGAUAGUCUCUUGCUGCUUAAACAAACCUACCAUAAAAGUUAUGUACUUCAUGUCAUGUAUAAUCUACAAAAAUUUAAACGCAACUUUUGUUUUUGCUCCCAUUGUUGGGGGGUGGGGCUGAUACAGUCCGUAUCAGGGUAUCUAUGGGGUCUUAAAACAGUCUAAAAUCAAAUUAUUUGAAUUGAAGGCCUUAAAAUGUCUAUAAUCUUAUAUAAUGUUAUAAAUACAAUUACAAAACAUCUUCAAAAUGUCUAAAUGUGACUUGUCAAACAUAUGCGUAAACUUCAGGCUAACUACAAAACUAAAGUACCUGUGCUGCACAUCCAGCUAGUGUGCUGUGUGUGCGUGACGCAGGCCUCUGAUUUUCCUGUUUUUUUUUUCUACUUUUGUGCCAGUAUGGAAGUGAAAUGGAUCUUAAAUUGUAUUCAUUAUGGUCUUAAAAAGUCUCUUACAUUUUAGUUAUUGAAACCUGCACAGACCCUCAGUAUCUGGUGUGACCACCAUUUCCCUCACAUACCUUAUACGCUGAUGCAGGAAUUGUGGAUAGAUCCUUGCAACGUGGGGCUAUGCUAUCAUGCUGCAACCAUGACGAGAUCCUGAGGCCCAUUGUGGUGCCAUUCAUCCAUGACCAUCACUUCAUGAUGCAGCAUGAUAAUGCACAGUCCAGUGUUGCAAGGAUCUGUACACUAUUCCAGUACAGAUAGGACUUUUGUGUACAUAGAAAUAGUUUUUGAUCUUUGAGUUCAGCUUACAAAAAAUAGGAGCAAAAACAAGUUUUAUUUUUUGUUGAGUAUACAGUUUUUGUAAGGGGGCUUCUUCAAUUUUCUUUUUAAAUUGCUUUAUUUUUGGCAUACAAUUAAUGCUAAAACUAAACAUUUUUCUUCAUCACUUUUAAGUCAAUAUUAUUUGACAUGACCAGACAUUUCAAGCAAAUGUUUUUGACUGCUGAUUUCAAAAGUUAUAACUUUUAUGCCACAUACAAAUCAAUAGAUAGUUGUUAUUGGAAUGUGUUUGAGAGGCAGUGAUUUAUGUUUGUAUGAUGCCUUACGGACACCUCCCUGGUGAAGUGUUCGGGGCAUGCCCAGCCGGGAGAAGGCCCCAGGGCAGACCUAGGACACGCUGGAAGGAUUAUGUCUCAGCUGGCCUGAGAACACCUUGGGGUCCUCCUGGUGGAGCUAGAAGACGUGGCCGGGGACCCGGAUAAGAGGAAGAAAAUGGCAUGGAAUUAUUUGUUUGUAUUCCAUUCUCUGGUUUAAAACACAAUUUACUGAAGAAUUUAUUUAGUCAUUUCUUGUCAUUUGACUCUUAUCAAUGAAUGUAGUUAAUAUUACGAUGCUUCCAUGAAUGUUGUGGUCACAUAUGACUGUCUUGAGUUCAUUGUUAUUAUUCGCUGUUUGUUUUUUGCUUGCUGAUGCUUUUCCAUAUGAUCCAUUAUGGAACAUAAAUGUGGAAAAAACUCUUGGUGUUAACUCUCUUUUUUCUAGUACUUGGUACAUUUGUUUAAGCGCAUGGACCUGUCUAGAAUGUGGACACACCAAUAUGUCCACUAUGGGGCGCUGUGGAUCCGCUCUGUUGGUGGACGACAUGGAGCGGUAACACUGUGGUCCUGUUACACCUGUAUAGAGGAUCCUUUUCCUGUUGUUGCUGCUGUCCCACAAAGGACCUUUUGUUAGCAUAUUUGCAGUAGGUCCUUAAAUAUGCGCCUACAAGGAUCUUUGACUUGUGUGCCUUAAAGUACUCCCGGGGGUACUAGUAGCCCCAUUUGAUAACCAAUGAUGUAGAGGAUUUGACAAGUGUGUUGCUUUCAGGUAAUAAAUAAAUAAA